AUGUCGAAAGUCCUAGUGUCUCUGAUUGGCAAAAAGGUGCUGGGUGAAACCGCCAAGAAUCACUUUGGUACUGAGGACCCCUACUUCGAAGAAGUUCCUGCUUCACGCCUCGGUCGUACAUUUGGGAAGAAGACUCAAAAGCGUCGCAAGGCCAUCCCGCCGGGCCUCUCUGAGCAUGAUACCAAGGUCCUGACCAAGGUCAAGCGCAGAGCAUACCAGCUGGACUAUGCUCUUUGCAACUUGUGCGGAAUCCGUUUCGGCUGGGGAAGUGUGAUUGGACUUAUUCCAUUCAUCGGCGACGUUGGCGACGCUGCGCUCGCAAUGAUGGUUGUGAAAUCUUGCGAAGGGAUCGAGGGUGGACUACCUCCUGCUUUGCGCAUGAAGAUGUUGAUCAAUGUGGUACUCGACUUCAUCGUCGGCCUCGUCCCUUUCGUUGGUGAUCUUGCCGAUGCAGUAUACAAAGCGAAUACCCGAAAUGCUGUCAUUCUCGAAGGUCAUCUGCGCGAAAAGGGUGCCAAAGCGGCCUCACAGCAGACCAGAAGGAGACAGGAGCCAAUAGUCGAAGUCGACAACAGCCUUCCCGAUGCAUUUGAUAGGCAAGAACAUGGAGUUGUGGACAACCGUCCACCGGCCUAUGACAACGCGAACAACACUGCCCCCCAGCCAGCCAGACAGUCCCGGAGCAAGUCAUUUGGCAGAUGGUUUGGCGGAGCGAGUCAUCCAGAAGAUGAUUUGGAACGUGGUGGAGCGAGGUAG